AACCACCAAAAUCCUUCUAUUGCAGGACCCCUAAAUCCCCUACAAGUUGUCAAAUCGAAAUUUCCAGCAUGCGACUCGCUCGACACCUUUAACGACCCGUUUAUCGAGAAAAAACCCCUCCCGUUUUCAUCGCGCCGCACACUACAUCACCCCCGAUGUCCUCCGCACCCGCUCAGCCCGAGCCCAGUGGGCCUGCCGCUGCAGAACAAAAUGUCGAGAUGGAAGAUAUAGCGAAGAAGCCGAGCAUACCCGUAGAGGACGACAUUAUGCAAUUAGCGCGUCUGGGUGAAAUAGCUGCGAUUCAGAAGUUGUUCGACAGUGGGAAGGCUGAUGCUACGUUUACGGACGAGCAAGGUAUUACGCCGCUACACUGGGCAGCAAUCAACAAUCACUACGCACUGUGUCACUUCCUCCUCAAAAGCGGUGCAAGCGUUAAUGCGAAAGGCGGUGAUGCUGUUGCAACUCCCGUACUAUGGGCCGCGAAACGAUGCCACUACUACGUUGUAAACCUGCUCCUCGAACACGGAGCCGAUCCACUCCUCACCGAUGACCAAGGAUUCAAUCUGUUACAUUCUGCCACCCUCGAUGGAAAUGUCUACCAACUUGUGCUGCUGCUGCACCAAGAUAUACCCGUGGAUAUACCAGACGCACAAGCUCACACCGCAUUGAUGUGGGCUGCAUACAAAGGCUAUCCAGCUUGUGUGGACUUGUUCCUACGAUGGGGAGCCAAUGUAUAUGCCACAGACGACCAAGGCUUCACAGCGUUGCAUUGGGCACUUGUGAAAGGGUCUCAAGGGUCAAUCCAAAAACUGAUCGAGUACGGGGCGGACAGAUUCGCGAAGAACAAUGAUGGAAAAACUCCCGCGACUACCGCAGAAGAAAUGAACACAACAACACAAUGGCACAGGGCUCUAUCCCAGGCCGGCUAUAAUAAAGACGGCACUGCGAAAGAAUUCCCCGUGUCAUGGGUCAAAGAUACUCGAUGGUUUAUAUCUCGUUUUAUCUUCUUCUUGCCGUUUUUGAUCAUCCUAAUCUGCAUCUAUCUCCUCGCCAGCUUUCCAAUUUAUCUCGGCUUACCGUUAGCACUAAUAAUAUCGUAUGGACUACAUUACGUAGCUCAGUAUUUGUUACAGUGGGCUCCUUCAAACAUGCGGAGCAUCGACCACACUCCAUUCUUAGCGGGUAUUUUCUCAGGCACCUUAUUCUGGGUAGGCUUCCGGUGGAUUACCGUCAUUGUACCAUGGACCAUUCGAAAUAACUUCUUUCUAAAUUUGAUAUUCGGGUCCUUCUUCGGACUUACGGCAUACUUCUAUUUCUUCACAAUGGCGUCAGACCCAGGAUUCGUACCGAAAUCAGCGAGCCGAAGUGCGUCAAAAGCGGUAAUCGACGAGCUCAUGGAGCUGCGCCAAUUCGACGAGAAACAAUUUUGCGUUCCUUGCAUGGUGCGAAAGCCGUUGCGUAGUAAACAUUGCAAGCGUUGCGAGCGUUGCGUUGCCAAAACAGAUCACCAUUGUCCAUGGGUCAACAAUUGCGUCGCAAACAACAACCACCGUCAUUUUCUGUUCUAUAUCCUCUGUCUUGAACUCGGAGUUCUCGCAUGGAUUCGCUUGGUACUCGAAUAUAUCUGGGAUGUCGAGUACAUACCUACACCCGCUGAUAGCGAAUGCAACAUUAUAUCAGACAAGUUGUGCAAGACUAUCAACAAGGAUCCAUUCACGAUAGUGCUGUCUCUGUGGGCAGCUUUCCAGUUGACAUGGGUGACCAUGCUCAUCAUUGUUCAGCUGCUGCAAAUCGCACGUAAUCUUACGACGUAUGAAAGCAUGCGUGGACAUCUGCAUAAUCAUACUCCCGCCGACGCACUGAACACCUUUGUCACCACAGGCGAUACUUCACAGGAAGUUGAGGGCGGUUCCGCGCCUACCAAUGGCUUCGGUUCCGGACAGGACACAGGCGAAGGCGCUGCACGGAAACAUCCCAAACGAUCUAUCUGGGACCAGUGGAAGCGCCUAUUGGGGGUCGACGCGUUCAUGGCAACCGCUAGACAGGAGUCUCAUGUCGAUUCUCAACGAUCUCGAGGCAACCCAUUCUCAAGAGGUGUUAUCACCAAUUGCAAAGACUUUUUCUGCGAUGGCGCGCCUGAAUUGGAUCAAUCGGUAACCCGAGUCACAGGAAAAGUCGAGACACAUGGGCCCUUGGCCGAAUACGACGCUCGAGUGCAAUCUGGCAGGCUGAGAGACGACGAGCACCAACGAGGAAUCAUACAAAACCUCGAAGACCUUCAUGAGAUGCUGUGUAGUUACGAACAACCUCCGGUUGUACAACCAACGAUUGAAUCGCUGCAACCGCAGAAGCAAACGUUCUUUUCGCUCUUCUCUUCUAAACCCGAGCGCUCUGCGCUGCCACCGAUUAAAGAUUCAUUACCUAACGGACUGUACAUGUAUGGAGACGUAGGAUCCGGAAAGACAAUGCUUAUGGAUUUGUUUUACGAUACUUUACCGCCCAACAUCACACACAAGACGAGGAUACACUUCCAUGCCUUUAUGCAGAGCGUCCAUAAAGAUCUGCACAAGAUGAAGAUCGCACACGGAAACGACAUCGACGCGAUCCCGUUCGUCGCCGCAGGAAUUGCAGAGCGGAGCCAAGUGUUAUGUUUUGACGAAUUCCAAUGCACAGACGUCGCCGACGCAAUGAUUCUACGCCGAUUGAUCGAAGCCCUCAUGGCCCACGGCACCGUCAUCGUCACAACAUCGAACCGACAUCCAGAUGACCUUUACAAGAACGGAAUCCAGCGCGAGUCUUUCAUCCCGGCCAUCAACUUGCUCAAGGAACGACUCAGCGUCAUAAACUUGGACUCGCAAACAGACUACCGAAAGAUUCCCCGCCCGCCAUCGGGCGUCUACCACCACCCGCUGGAUGCUGCCGCAAAGACACAUGCGGAGCGCUGGUUCAAGUUCCUGGGUGAUUUCGAGAACGAUCCCCCGCACCGAGCGGUCCACCAAGUCUGGGGUCGCGAUGUUGUGGUGGAGAGGGCCAGUGGAAAAUGUGCGUGGUUUACCUUCGACGAGAUCAUUGGGCGAGCGACCGGCGCCGCAGAUUAUCUAGAGUUGAUGAGGAACUACGAUGGAUUCAUCGUCACGAAUGUGCCAGGAAUGAACCACAAGUCAAGAGAUCUAGCAAGGAGAUUCAUCACAUUUAUUGAUGCUAUCUAUGAAAGCAGGGCCAAACUAGUCAUGACAACCGCCGUCCCCCUGACAUCGCUCUUCAUGUCCACCGCCGAGAUCUCCGAAGCCGUGAGCGCCUCCCAAUCUCCCGACGCAAAGAGCCCCGUCCCAGGCCCCGCCCAAACCUCGAACCCAGACGACCACCACGACAUCUCGGACGUCAUGCGCAUGAUGAUGGACGACCUCGGCAUGAACAUGUCGAUGCUGAAGAACUCGAGCAUCUUCUCGGGAGACGAGGAGCGGUUUGCUUUCGCCAGAGCGUUGAGCCGAUUGAGCGAGAUGGGCAGCCAGGAGUGGGUGGAGAGGGGCAUGGGGUUGCAGACUAAGGGCGGAGAGAAGGAAAAGGAGGGGUGGCAGAGGGUGCGGAGUAGGUGGAGGGAGGACAGUCUAUGAUUGAUCUUCAUCUGGCAUUUUGAUUUAUGCAAUAUGGUUGGUGAUUUCUGAGGAUGGAGUGAAGAGCUAGGAUUUAGAGUGUUUUGCAUUGGCGGUCUUGUCUUUGAAGCGUCGAUUGCGUUGGUUCAAUGAUACCAAUGAUACAAUAUAGACUUUGGUGAUGAAGCUCAAGAGAUAUAUGCCACCCUAUAGAGCAGAUGUCGAACAAAAUACCUAACUUCAGAUUCAUUCAUUUAUCGCAUCUCUACCCUCCCGUCUAAUUCUAGAUGAGGGCAGAGAAGAUAGAUUUGUAUAUAUAGAGAAGUAACGGUUCUUUUCAGGAUGUUAAGUUUUCGGCCUAACGAGCCAUUCCAUCUAUACACGAGAGUGAGGAUU